GACGGCGCGGGCCGGGAGCCCCGCGAGAACACAGAGACUAAAGAAAUGGAAAGAUUCACUCAUCUGGAAGCUCUGCGGUUUACUGCUGUACUGGAGAAUUGUGUGGAUCAGCUCUCUAUUCUUGGAUAUAUCAUGCCAGUUCCAUAUGAGGGCAGGGCAGACAUCAGCCAUACUGACAGCCAGGAAAUAAAGGAAAUCAUAGAAACCCAGAAGGAGCUGGACAUUAAGUAUCAGGAACUUGUCUGCGGGGAAGCAGUUACCUCCAAGUCCCUGAAAAACAGUGAACUCCAGCAGCAGCUGCAGAAAAUCAGGGAUCUAGAAAGGCCCCAUCAUCUUUUCAACAGGACCAUGAAACACAGAACUGUAUCUGCAGAUAACCUCAGAAAAGUUCAGGCCGACAGGCAGUAUGCAAGCAAUGUAAUUACAAGCACUAUGAUAAAGAUGCAGGAAUCAGGAACAUUUAAUAGCUUAUCAGAAGCUAAUGAGAGAGAGAAGGCAAAGAAGAGCAAGUUGCACGACAUCCUUAUCAGGGAGGAGGAAGGAAAGAAGGAGAUAAAGUCACUCCAGCAACAGCUGCAAGAUGUCAAGAAAGAAACAGAAAUGGAACUUCAGGAACGAAGUAAUAUAAUUGCCUUCCUCAGUGACCAGCUCCAAGAGGUGAAGGCCAAAACAGAGAUGGAGAGCAGCUAUGUGAAGAAAAACACGGAGCUGCAAGUCCAGCAAACCCAGAAGAAGUGCAGCAAUGCAGGGAAUGAGCUGGACAAGGAAACUGAGAAGCUGAGGAGCAAAACUGAUGAGGAGAUUAGAGUCCACAUGGAGAUUGAAAAUUUCCUCAGGCAACACCAGAUGAAGGUGGAAGAGAAGCUGGAAUACUGGAUGGACAAGUAUGAAAAGGACACAGAAGCUAAAGACCAAGAACUGAACACUCUAAAAGAAUCAAAGGCAAAUAACUUGGAAACGCUGCAGAGACUUGCCAGUGAGUGCCAGACAUUCGAGGAGGUCAUCAUCAAUGACCGGGUGGAAAAGGAGGCUGCAAGAAGACAACUUGAGCAGGAUGCCCUGGAGCUGAAGAGCAUCUUGAAGCUGCAGGCCUGGUGGAGAGGUACAAUGGUGCGCAGAAACCUUGGCUGCUACAAGGACCUCAAGGAGACUCUAGAGAGACAGCUGUCAAAGGAGAAAGUCAAAGGGAAAAAGGACAAAUACAAAGCAAAGAAAAAGAAGCGAUAAGUAAAGAAACCUGGCCUCAGA